CCCAAAUUUUACAAAACUAACCAUUCUCCACGAAUUAUCAUUAUUUAUACUUUUAUAAUAAUCCGAGUGUAGCUUAGUAUAAUAUGCCUAUACAUAAAUUAAGCGUUAUACUUACACAUAAAAUUAAGUAUAGUAAUACUUAAUAUAUCUUGCGGGUGAUUGUUUUGGCUCAGGAGGGAACGGGGAAGCUUUAAAUGUACUUCCCAGCCUCGUUUACGCUCUUAUAAGAAUAGCCACAUCCCUUAAAUUUUUAAAUCAUAAUUAAAUUCUUCUCUUAUCAUCUAACUAGAUAUCAUUCAAGAUGACAGAUCAGAAACCAAUUCUUACAUGGAAGCAAAAUAUAGCUUCAACUUAUGUAGCUACGUCUCAUCUUGUGGCCCAUACUUUUAUUAAUAUGGUACUUAACUCCUUGGCAUAUAAUGUAGAUUUAUAUGAUAAUCCAACUAAUAUCAAAGAGAAGUUGUUGGUAUCAGCAUUUUAUUUACUUGCAACAAGUUUAGUUAUAUGGGUUAGUGGAAGUAUUGCAGACUUGAUUGGCCAUAGACGCUUAUUCAACGGCGGAUGGUCUUUAACUUGUUUGUUUUCAUUUAUACUGGGAGUAUCAUUAUGGUAUAAACUAGACUAUAUAUAUCUUUUGAGUCGUAUUUUGUUAGGAAUUAGUGGUACCUUCAUUGUACCAUGUAUUUUAGGACUUUACGGUGGUGUAAUUAGUGAUGUUCAGAUACUCCUUGAUUAUAGUUCUAUGUCAUUAAUUUCAUCCGGAGUCUUUGGUGCUUUAUUAGGAGAUUUUCUUGGAAGUCCAGUGCCUCAAUCUAAAUUACCCAUAAUUUAUUUGGUUUUAACUAUUGUUAGUGGAUUAUUCGCUUUUAGUCUGACAAGAGUUUUUGAUGGCUUUGAUGGCAUUGAUGGUUCCGAUAAGUUCAAUCUUAAAGAUAUAAAAAAGAGAUCAUUGUUAAUAGAUGGAAUUUUAAGUCUUGUAUUUAUGUUCUUUGUUGCAAGAUGUUCUUUAAACGAGAAUUUUGCAGUCACUUCGGUAGUGACAUUAUGUGGGUCAGUAAGCGUGUUUGUUGUUUUCCAAAUCAUCAAAUAUUCAUUGUUUCCGAAGGCUUUGUUCUCCACACAAAUUGGAUUAUAUUUUGGUUCUAUCUUAAUCUCUUUUAUAACAUUUGGAGUCUUUUAUUCUAAAUUAAUUAUGAACAUCGACUUGAUGAUUUCUAAAAGGGACGGUGCAAUGCUCCUUAUGAUCGGAGUUAUGUCUUCCUAUUUUUUAUCAGCCAUUCUUUACAGAUUGAAACCACUGUCAGCUAUUUCAAUCUCUUCAAUUUGUUUUAUUCUUGCAAGCACAUUAAUGACAGUGUUUGCAAAAAAUUAUAACAUUUAUACCGUUAGUUUUCUGCAAAUCUAUAUGUUAUUCUGGCAUUUUAUUAUAAGUUUAUUUGCAACUCAGAUGUAUGCAACUGGUAUAUUAUCGAAUGAAUAUCGUGGUAGAAUUGGUUCAUUAAUCUCUACCAUUCUUUAUUUUAUAGUAUCCAUUUUCCUUGCACUGUCAAAUUAUUUGGAAAUUUAUGUUGAAGAGAAAGCUGGGAAGGAUGCAGCAGGUCAGUACAGCAUGUCUGUGAUUUUUGGUAUUUAUAUUGCUGCCAUUAUGAACUGUAAUGGCCAUGGGAUAUCUCAUAUGUACAAUAUGUGGAAGCUUGGAAAACAAAAAGCUGCUGCAGCUAAAGCCGCUGCAGAUAUUUCAAGUAAUGAUGAAGGUAACGAAUUAAGGGAAGAGGAUGAAGAACCAUUACUUGAGAAGAUAAAUUAGUGUUAGUUAAUUAUAGAAGUUAGUUAUGCAUAUUAAUAUUAUGAUGAUUUUUAUAUUUUGCAACUGGUGUAAACAUAACCGGUGCAGGC